GCUGCGGGGCUCUCAUCUGACAGACCGGGGCUGCGUUCUUUCUCCAGCAGUGGUGCUCUAAGGAGAAAGAAAUGCGGCCCAAAGGCGCCGGGCUGUCCCUGUGCGUCUUGCUCCCUGCAGCCCGUGCCCCGCUCUGCUUGGCUUUGUCGCCCGUGGCCACUAGGUGGUAGCACGCCCCGGCCGACAGCGCGGGGCCAUCGCCGCUUCACCUGCAGAAAAAGCGAUGAAGACACCCAUAUUCUUGUUAAGCCCUCUGACAGUCUGGUGUUAAUGUCCGCAUAGAGACUGUUGGCUUCCCAGCCCUGGAGAAAGCUGUAGAGAGAGAAAUGCCGAUCAAAUUCAAUGGGAGAUAUUAAGGCAACAGCUUCAGCUUCCGGAACAGGAUGGAGCUCUGUGUCCAAGGAGCAGCCCCUCGUAUACUGGGAGCACAUUGAUCUCGUGUCUGAAGGGCAUGUAAAGCAGUAAGGUCAGCAUUCAGGAUCCUGCCCAAGGCGGAGCCAAGCAUGGUGCAAAUCCAUGUUUAGAACAGGGAGGACUUGAGGAGAGAGGCUGUGGGAUGGGAUCUCUCCAAGCGCUCCUCCAUCGGUUUAGCCAAGUGUGGGUAAUUGAUAGUGCCCUGCUAUCUGCACUGAGAAAUCAGGGUGAAAUCCUGGCCUCGAGGUGUUUAAGAAGAGAGAUUUCUGACAUAGCAAACUGGUGCAUAGAGGGGGGAGAAUUGCUUGGCCACCAGGCAAUAGAUAAACCCAGCGGGAGGAAUUCCCCUACCUUUGGGCUUGGAUGCCAGCCAUCACCUCAGCUGGUUUGGCCAACCUGCCUAUCUAAGCUGUUCUCUUUAACCCUUUAGUUCAUCUGCCUGCACUCACCUCUUGGGAGGGAUUAAUUAAAGAUGGCACACCAGGCUGCCACCAGGAAGGCUGGGAGGUACCCCAAAAUCAUACCCAUGGCAGCUCAUGGUGACUUGUCUUACUUGACCUACUGUAGGGUACCUGCUUUAGCAGAGGGGUUAGACUUGAUGAUAACCAGAGGUCCCUUUCAACUCCUAUGACUGUGAUUCUGUGAUUCUGACACUUGGCUUGAGAGACCUUAUCCCACUGCAGGGAAAGGAGAGGUGUGAGGAGGGCAGAGUGAUGCCACCAGCCGUCCCUUGGCUGGCAGCGUGGCAUUGGAGAUGAAUGUGCUCUUCUGGAAUCUCCUGCUGCACAGCUUGACACUGUCAGUGGGACCUUGGGAAACCGGGACAGGCUCCUGGCAGUGCGUUUGGGCAAUGCCCUUUCUGCCUGGCGCGGGACAUGUGCCAGUCCAAUACGAAAGGCAGAAAUGAUGCCAUCAGUGGCACUCACAAUAGCACCUGACCCGAAAUAGCUUCCUAGAAAAAAAAAAAAGAGAGGCUGAUUAGUUAGACAAGCCUGAAAGAGAGCAAGAUGUCCAGCUGACGAUUAACAGGUGUAGGUCUACGAGGAGGGGCUAUAAAACGCGCGUGUGAGCUCUGCAGCCACCCUCUGGGGAGAGGCAACCGCCGUACGCAGCACUCGAGACCCGUCUGUCCCUGCCAACAGCGAACCAUGGGGCUCAGCGACCAGGAGUGGCAACAAGUCCUCGCCAUCUGGGGAAAAGUGGAGGCCGACAUUGCUGGCCAUGGACACGAGGUUCUGAUGAGACUUUUCCAUGACCACCCUGAGACUUUGGAUCGCUUUGAUAAGUUCAAAGGCCUGAAGACCCCUGAUCAGAUGAAGGGCUCUGAAGAUCUGAAAAAACAUGGAGCUACCGUCCUCACCCAGCUUGGCAAAAUCCUGAAGCAGAAGGGUAAUCAUGAGUCAGAGCUGAAACCUCUGGCUCAAACCCAUGCCACGAAGCACAAAAUCCCAGUAAAAUAUCUGGAGUUCAUUUCUGAAGUCAUUAUCAAGGUCAUUGCUGAAAAACACGCCGCAGACUUUGGGGCCGAUUCCCAGGCUGCGAUGAAGAAGGCUCUGGAGCUGUUCCGGAAUGACAUGGCCAGCAAGUAUAAGGAGUUUGGUUUCCAGGGUUAGCAUGUAUGCAGAAGGACACCACGAUGGAGGCCUGGCCAUGCGUCUCAGAGUAGCUUCCCCAGCACUACUCUGGACAUCUUCCAACUGGCCAUCCACAAUGUGUGGGAAUGCUUCAAUGAGAGGCCAAGAGUCACCUUAGGCAGCGCAGAGGCACUCAGAGUGAUGUCCAUGAUAAAUUGUUGUCCUUCCCUGGCUUCAUGUAUGCAAAAGAAAUAAUCUGUUUUCUUAGGAAAAAUAAUAUAAGGGGUUAUCUGUCACCUUCUGCUUAUUUCUGUGUCCUUUUUCUUUCCUUGUCCCCCACACCCAGUCUCAUUCAAGAGGGAAAUGGUGUUCUGUGUCCUUUUUCUUUCCUCGUCCCCAACACCUAGUCUCAUUCAAGAGAGAAUGGUGUGGCAGGAGAUGAAGGGAUGUGGAAGAACAUGGGCGUGUUGAGGAGUGUGGUGAAGGAGUGGGUGAAGGGAGAACUCAAAGGUGCAAAAGGGAUGUCAGAGUGGGAAGUGGGGACAUGGCAUCUGAUUCUUCCCCCAGGUGAGACUUUUAGCAGGUGACUGUGGAAAGCUUUCAGCACCAUCGCUGUUGUUACUUUGUUUCAUGGGGGUGAACGCAGUCGGUCUCCAGGGUCUGUCAGCUUGGCAACCUGCUAAACUCAUGUUAGCAAAACCAUAAGGAGUAGCGUGCUCUGUGAUCUGUAGGCUUCCGGCAGCUGCUGCUAUGCAUGCAAAGUUGUGUGGCUUUGGAAAGCAAAAUACUGUUACUCAGAAAAUAAAAAUUCCUGCACUGAUGCUGUGUAAUUCACUCCAACAAGAUGGCAGGAGCACAGUGUUUUGUAUACAAUCCCAUCCUCCGGUGCUGGUGACGUGGUUGCAGCCCAUCACUUGAGUGACAUGAGGGGACUUGGGCAUUCACAUGUCACCAUGGGGACGUGACCUGGUCCUUCAUUCCAUGCCUCAGGGCUAAGAAACGCUCCAUGACUGAAGGCUGAGGUCACAGCUGAGUUCGGGGGGCAUGGAAGGGAUGGAUGGCUCUGAGCUACCCAUGAGUGCUCCACAUUUUGCUUUGUGCUGAAGGGAUCCCAUCGCCAUGUCUUGCUGUUUAGGCAGAGGUAGCACAUGCAAGUUGCCACAGGUCUGUUUAACAGCAGUGUGUGCUUUCAAGCCAUAAGUUUUGCCACCCAUCCCAUUUUGCGGUUUUGCUGGGUGAUCUCUGCAAAGUCUUGACCUGAUGCCCAAGAUCACAGCCUGACUGUAUGGGAAUUAUGCAGUUUACCUACUGGAAGGGCAGCUAUACUCCACAGUGAGUACUGGAAUCUGUGCUCCCUCCUCCUUCCCCAUCACUCAGCUUAGGGCCUUAGCAGUAUGAUGUUGUGACUCUCUUCAGGUACAUGCACCCACACUGCUUCCAUGCAGAAAGUGUGCAGCUUGCUGUCGUUCUGUAUGUGUGCACAGGGGUGAGAACAUCCAUGACAGAGUUACAUCCUGGCACAGCAGUGGGAUGUCACAGAGGUGAGCAGUUGGGUUCUUGUGGGAGAAAAUAUAUGGCAACAACACCGUUGCUCUUUUCUGGUAUGGAAAAAGUAAUGCAGUUUAUCUCCCAGAGACAGCAUGAGGGCAAGCAUGAGAAAGAAAAAUGAGGUGCUUAAAAUGAGGAGCUACAAGCAGGGUCUGGUUCAAAGCACUCGCUACAGGGCUGUGUGCAGUGGAGACAGCAGGAGCCACCAGCUCCCUUACAAAUCAAUCACUUCAAACCAGUGUGAUCUGCCAGGUCUUUGGUCAGGGCAAAGGCCACAAAAUUUCAGUCUCUGAAAGGAGAAGGAAUGAAUUCCUUUGCUGAACAGAGCAUCUCUGAUUUCUUGCUCUUUAUAAAUCCUCACUAUACCUCUGGGAACUUGCUUAGGGUUUCAACCUUUCAGAGAGAGUCACAAAAGCAUAUGUUGUCACACAGAUGAAGUUACAGCCAGGUGGUCCCUGGCUUAAGCAGCCUGCUCCUUCUGACUCUUGUCUGGCCUGUCUGGCCUCGCAGG